UAUCAUGUGUUGCUUUUCCAGGACUUUAAAUUUACUACAAAUAUGAAUAAAUUACUUUUCCCACUGAUCACCAUUUUGGUUUCUGUGUCCGCACAACAACUGCCACCCCCAACCGACCUUGCAGCUGUAGCAAGAUCGAAUGCCGUUGGUAUAACAUGGUCCCCUGUUGAAGGAGCUGAAAAAUACGUGGCAACUAUAGUUUCGAACGAUAUGACUGUCGACACUUCGGAAACCAGAGCAGCGUUCGGUGGUCUUGAACCAAUGACAACUUACACUGCUAGUGUUGUAGCUGUUGGUGUGAACGAUUCCUAUGGCGUUCCUGCAUUCAUUGACUUUGAGACUUUGGCAGCAAAGCCUACAAACUUGCAAAAUGUAUACGAGGAGACAACGGAAAACAUGUUGGUUAUAUCUUGGGACCAAGUUAAUGGAACCAUUGACCAUUUGGUAGAAAUAACUACAACCGAUGGGGGACCAGUUGAUUCUGCAUCAAUCAGCGUGGUCGACAACAAGGCAUACAUCAACGGACUUGAGAAAUACACUUUCUAUGGCCUCACUGUCCGUGCGAUCACCGACGGAGGGCAGAUGGGAGACCAAGAAGAAUUCAGUGCAAGAACAGCCGGAAAAGGCUUGAAAGUCACUGCAUGGUGGGUUGGCGCAACUACCUUUGGAGGAGAAGCCACAAUCUACAGAGACUUCAUUAUUCCUCCUGGAGAAUUCCAUGUGGUGGUACAACUGACCUGCCCGGUUGCUGAAAUAGUGGUAUGGAACGCUAACCUUGAUAUGGAUAACUCCGACACUUCAACCGGUAUGUACCGCAUCGUGCAAGACGAGUUGUGGAUGAGAGAACGACCUGAGAUCAACUUUAACUUUAACAGAGGAAACCUUACCGAUGAGUGCGACCUGCAGGUAGGAAACAUCACCGUUAAUUUCAACCCCCCACCAGUUGCUGUUGUAGCAGACACACCACAAGAUACACCACUUGAUAUAACUACGUCGUCUUGGGGAGUCGGCGGUAUGGUUCAAAUUAACAUGGGAGUUACAUACAUCAACCCCGCCAACCCGGAUGCCGGUGAUAUGGGAGGUACUUUGAUUGCAAAACCUGCAAGUGGAACUUUUGUUAUCGUCGUCGACAGCGGUUCUGCUUGCCCAGAGGGUAUUACUGUCACUUCCAAAUGGGGAUUGACCACACCUGUUAGCUUGCAGCCUGAUCCCAGCACACCAAACAUCUUGUAUUUUGUCCAACUUGGAAACCAGUGGUUCAGUAACAGCGCAGGUUUCGUUUACACCCGAAACUGUCUUGACGUGAGUGGCAUUUCGGUGUCUGUAUCUGAAAAUCCAAGUUUGGUUGCUUUGGCUUUCAAUUAAUUAAACAGUGCUUGUAAAUUCGACUAAACAAAAACUUAAACAGAAAUUAAACUUAUUUGGAACAUUGUACGUAAUACAUGACAUUGGCUUAAAAUAGACCAGACAGGAUGUGAAAUGCUGCAGUUAUUACUACUUUCUUCAUAUGUGCAAAUGAUCUAUUCUAAAUAGCCUAAUUCUUAAGCUUUUAGAAUCCAUUACUUUGAUUUUAAUCUGGAUCAUAUCGUAAACUGUCUUAGUUAAUGUUAAUAUAUUUAUACUAAGAAUCGAACUUCGAUAUUAAUAAACAACAAAUCAAAACUA